AUGUAUGACAAGGAUGUGACUUUCUACAUGGGAAAUAUAGAUUAUGUUCCUAGUCUCAUGCAGAACCCCCUCUUUUCUACUGUGAAAUGGGCACAGAACACAAGUCACCAUGAUAUAUACAGAAUCGCAUUUUCUCAGCUCUUCCGGUUUGCGCCCAAUACACAGACAAAGUUGGAUUCCUUUAACGCUAAAGCAGUACGAGCAUCUAAAACUUUAAUUUGCGCACAUCUACGUAUGGGGAAAUCAAAUACCAUACCCAGGGAUGGAGCUAGAAAGUCUGGACCUGAUCUGGAUUCAUUGGCUCUGUUUUUACAGAAACAGAUACAGUUUGCUGAUUCGUGUAAAUUGUUCAUAGCAACAGACUCGGACGAGGCCAGAAAUGUGUUAAAACGAGCGUUUCCUGAACAUUUCCUGGAGAUUGAAGGUCAAAUAGUUCACAUCGACCGCCCUAACGGAGGUACUGUUUGUUCUGGCAUGGAGAAAGCUAUUUUAGAUGAAUAUAUUCUCUCAACGUGUGACACUCUGAUAAUGUCGAGAAGUGGUUUUAGCCGAAUGGCUGCCGUCGUGAGGGGCUCUGAUGAGGGAUUGUUUUAUGCAGCCAAGAAGAACAUAACACGAAGCAAACGAUUAAACCCAACAUAAAUGCUUGAAAUAAUUACACCAAAU